AGGCAGGCGAAGCAGCCAGAGGAGCAGAGGCUGAGACGGACACAGAAACCUUCCACUCUCUCGCUGACGCUGACGCUCGCCCCUCGCUCGCCCCUCGCCCUCCAGCAUGAAGGUCUCUGCAGGGCUCCUGGGCCUGCUGCUCCUGGCAGCCACCUUCAGCCCCCAGGGCCUGGCUCAGCCAGCUGCUGUCCCAACCACCUGCUGCUUUGCUAUGGCUCCCAGGAGGAUCCCCACUCAGCGACUGGAGAGCUACAGAAGGGUCACCGGCAGCAAAUGCCCCCAGAAAGCCGUGAUCUUCAAAACCAAACUGGCCAAGGAGCUCUGUGCUGACCCCAAGGAGAAGUGGGUCCAGAAUGCCAUGAAGUACCUGGACCAAAAAUCCUCAGCUCGGAAGCCAUAGAUAUUCACCUUUUUUGAGACCAAACUAAUGCCUCAGAAAUGCUUGAUUGGUUUUCCCGUCCUAAGAUGCGUUCUGAGAUAAUCUCUUCAUCAUUUCUAAAGGAAUUAGUUUUAUUUAAUAAUUUUUGAAAAAUAUAUUGUAUUUAAGUUAUUGGAGUUUUCAAACUUAUCAGGCAUUUGAAAAAUGUAAAGCUUUGAGCAGGUCUGUUGCCUGCUGUGAGCCCCAGUCCAAUCCCCUGCCAAGUGUGGGCACCACUGUGCCUCCCCUCCCCACCUCCCUGGGCUCGAGUAAGGGACUUGGGGAAGAUCAUCAGUGUAAAAGUGGCUUGUGUUUCUAGGACAACAUUGCUCUCAUGAACCUAGUGUGGCUCAUCAUGUUAAAUGGAAGUAAAUGUCCUUUUAGGAAUAUUUACAAUAUAUGCAUAUUUUAUCAUA